AUGGUCAGCGUCGACGCGAAGCAGGGGGCGCCGGCGGCGGGGGGGAAGGGGCUGAUGCUGGGGAGCUGGGCGCAGAGGCACCUCAACCUGUGCUUCGUCGCCGGCUUCCUCCUCGUGCUCCUCACCUACCUCGUCGUCUCCCAGCAGUUCGCCGUCACCUCCCCCGUCGCUGUCCCCACGACGACGACGCACAGGAAGCAUCAGGCAGUCAAGUCCCCCGGCGCCGGCGAAGCAGGAGUAGGAUUAACGCAAGGGGAUCGAGGAGGAGAGGGGAAGGCGGAGGCCAAAUCAGCUCAAGAGCAGCAGCACGAGCAGCAACCGGCAGGGCCGCCGAAAGCAGAGGGCCGCGCGCGCGGUGUGGGGAAGAGAGACGACGACGGUGCGGCCAAGCCGUUCGACAACGGCAAGGUGGUGUGCAGUGCGAGCCCCUUCUCCUACACCUGCGAUGUCUUCGGCGAUGUCCGGACCAACGGCACGGCCCACACCGUCACCCUGGUGCCGGUCACGUCCCGGACAGAGCGCCGGGAGUGGAGCAUCCAGGCCUACGCCCGCUUCAACAUGACCGGCAUCCCCAACGUCACGGUGACGCAGCUCGACUCGACGUCCGCGGCGUCCCCGGCGCCCGCGUGCACGGUCACGCACCGCGUCCCGGCCAUCGUGCUCGCGCUCGGCGGCCACCUGGGCAACUACUUCCACGACUUCAGCGACGCGCUGGUGCCGCUGUUCGUGGCGUCGCGGCGGUACGGCGGCGAGGUCCAGUUCCUGGCCGGCAACAUCCAGCCCUGGUGGCUCGGCAAGUACGAGGCCGUCGUGCGGCGGCUGACAAAGUACGAGGUCCUGGACCUCGACCACGACGACCAGAUCCGGUGCUUCCGGCACGUCACCGUCGGCCUCAACAUGCACAAGGAGUUCAACAUCGUGCCGGAGCUGGUCCCCGGCGGCGUCCCGCUCUCCAUGCUCAACUUCACCGCCUUCCUCCGCGAGACCUACUCCCUGCCGCGCGCCGCUCCCAUCAGCCUGACUAAUAACAAGAGCAGCCCGCCGGUGGACGACAACAAAAACAAGAAGCCGCGGCUGAUGCUGCUCGACCGGGGCCACUACCGGAAGCUCGUCAACGUGCCGGAGAUCGUCAAGGCGGCCGAGAAGGCCGGGUUCGAGGUGACCAUAGCGGACCCGCGGUUCAACGUGCGCGUCAAGGAGCUGGCCCUCUCCGUGAACUCGUUCGACGUGCUGCUCGGCGUGCACGGCGCCGGCCUCACCAACUCGGCGUUCCUGCCGCCGGGGGCGGUGGUCAUCCAGGUGGUGCCCUACGGCAAGCUGGAGCCGAUGGCGCAGAGGGAGUUCGGCGACCCCGCGGCCAACAUGGGGCUCCGGUACCUCGAGUACAGCAUCUCGGUGGAGGAGAGCACGCUGCUGGACACGCUGGGGCCGGACCACCCCGCCAUCAAGGACCCCGAUUCGGUCCACCGGAGCGGCUGGGACAAGGUCGCCGAGUACUACCUCGGCAAGCAGAACGUGCGCGUCGACGUCGAAAGGUUCGCGCCGACGCUCGCGCUCGCGCUCGACCAUCUCCGGCGGCACUAG